AUGGCGGCUGUCAAGUGGAGCCCCAUCUGCCUGCUGCUGUUGCUCUUGCAGGUAAGCAGCGUGCUGGCAGCGAGCAGUGCAAGUCGAUUCGUCCUGCAUGCUCGCUCACAACCGCGCUCGCUGAACACUCCGUGGACGGCCAUCCGCACUGCUGCUCUUGCGGACGCUAAGAUGGUGUUGGACGCCAAGACAGACACCAAGACGGUGCUGGUGGGAUGGAGGUACACGCGGUGGCAUCCCAGGGUGAAGUCGUGGCCGGCCCCACGCAUCCAUGAGGGCGACACUGUUGGUUAG